AUGUUUGGGGCCAAACUCUUCAGAGAGAAGAAAGUGCAUGGAGAUUAUGACAUCAAAGUGGAACAGGCUGAGUUCAGUGAGAUCAACGUCAUAGCUCAUGCCAAUGGGAGCUGUAAUGUGGACAUGCAGGUUCUGAGAAAUGGUACCAAGGUGGCCAGGUCAUUCAAGCCUGACUUUGUCCUCAUCCGCCAACACGCCUUCAGUAUGACCCAGAAUGAGGACUUCCGUAACCUGAUCAUUGGUCUGCAGUAUGGCGGCAUCCCCAGUAUCAACUCCCUGGAGUCCAUCUACAACCUGUGUGACAAGCCCUGGGCGUUUGCACAGCUAAUAAGCACCUCCAGGAAGCUUGGUGCAGAGAAGUUCCCUCUGAUCGAACAGACCUUCUAUCCCAACUACAAGGAUAUGGUUGCCAUGCCAACGUUUCCUGUAGUUGUGAAAAUUGGACACGCUCACUCAGGAGUAGGAAAGGUGAGGGUGGAUAACCACAGUAAAUUCCAGGACAUAGCCAGUGUGGUGGCUCUCACCCAGACCUACACCACCACAGAGCCCCUCAUCGACUCCAAGUACGACAUCAGGAUCCAGAAGAUUGGCAAUGACUACAAAGCUUACAUGAGGACCUCAAUCUCUGGCAACUGGAAGACCAACACAGGCUCAGCCAUGCUGGAACAAGUGGCCAUGACUGACAGGUACAAGCUGUGGGUUGACACCUGCUCAGUGAUCUUCGGAGGGCUGGAUAUCUGUGCUGUCAAAGCCAUUCAUGGGAAGGAUGGGAAAGAUUACAUUACUGAGGUGGUGGGGUCCUCCAUGUCGCUGGUAGGAGAGCAUCAGGCAGAGGACAGGCAGCUCAUCACUGACAUGGUGGUAGCCAAGAUGAACCAGGCAGUAGGACGGACACCCACUGGGUCUCCUAAUAGACCCACCACCAUUCAGCCAUCACAGUGUGGUGGCCAGAAGGACCUGGUGGUUGAUCCCAAGACUGGCGCUACACGCCCUCCUCAAGGGGGCCGGGUGGAACCUGAAGGAUCACUAUCACAAAGUCCCAGGCCUGUUCCAAAGUCAACUCCUAAAGCUUCUGCUAAGGACUCAAGCCAGAGGCCUACCCCAACCACACAGCAGCCCCAGCCCCAGUCAACAAGUCAGGGCAAGCCCAGACCAGGAGGCCUGGGGGCUCAACAACCACCUCCAGCACAGCCUGCCAAGCCUGCACCUCCAAGACAGCGCAUCUCAGCGCCUCAGCUCCAACCCGAGUUCAAGGCACCUCCACAGGCCUCAGCCAUGCCCCAGCCUGAGCCACUGGCCCAACCCCAAAAUGAGCCACCGACUCAGGCACAAGGGAAGGACCUGAGCCCUGAGCAGAGCCAGCCUCCAGUGGUAGAGCAGCCAACAUCAGAGGAAAAUGCACAGGCACAUCCACCGCUGAAUAAAUCUCAGUCCCUGACCAACGCCUUUGGUCUGAAGGAAACAUCCUUCUUUCGCACAGCCAGUGAAGACGUGGCCAAGGCUGAGACCAUGCGCAACUUGAGGAAGUCUUUUGCAAGUCUGUUCUCUGACUAGACGCAGUGCGGGUUAAAUAACCCUGAAACAGACGGAUUGAAAAAUGAGGUACCGAAACCACUAUCUGUUUCAUCAACCUCACAAAGUGUUACAGUAACCUCCUUCCUGUUUAUCUAGAUACAUACGUACUGUGCAUGCUAUAUCAUUACAGUCAUAUUGAAGUCAGGUUAAACAACAGUGAUGUAGGCUACAAUUAAUGGUAUGACUUCUUGAGAUGCAAGUCGAGAGAUGAAAAGGUGUGUUGAUCAUGCAAUAAUGUGGGCAUCACUGUUGGGCAGAUGAGGAUCAAACUAUCUGUAAUUCUGUAUCACAUUCCAUGUGCAUUUAUGACUUUUGAAUGUUGUAGCUUUAUUGUAAAUGUGUUUAAUAGUUUGGAUGUGUACGGUCUGUCAUUAGCAUAAGGAGAUUACAACACUCAUUUAAAGUCUCUCUUAUUUUGACAUAUGCUCUCAAAUCACUAAUUGACUAAACUAACUGUAUGUUUCUACAGAGACGGGAAUCCAUAGCCAUUAUUGACUAAUGCCUGGUUAUAUGUGUCUUCAAGUACACGUCGACAUAAACUGUUCAAUCUGGAGUUCUAUUUGAGUGGUAUUGUUAUAAGCAUUUGGCUUUGUUUGUAGACAGUAUUGUUGACAUGAUUAUAUCCACUGAUUGGUUUCUGCAGUCCUACAACUCUUAAUAAAGUUACAAUGCAUCAAUAA